AUGCCGUUUAUACCCUCUUCAACAGACGUUUGCAAUGGUUAUAUGAGACCCAGCAUCAUCGACCUGUCUAGAACGGAGAAUUUUCUUUUACGGGAUGAGCUUGCGGACAUUGUCAAGACUGCCAAAACACAUGAUUCUCAGCAUCAUUUUUCCCCACAUGAUGACACUGGAGAUUCAAGGUUGUUGUUGGAGUGUUUGGCAAGGCUCUUCAACAAUUACUUCAACCCUUGUAUUCCAGUCAGUCGAUCACAUAUUGCUACUGCUCCGGGCGCAGCUGGCUGCCUCGAUGCACUUCUGUAUAAUAUUUGUAAUGCCGGCGAUGGUGUUCUUAUACCCGGACCCCAAUGGGGCGACUCGGACAUCGAGAUGAAUUAUUCUUACCCCGAUGUUAAGAUGGUAACGGUGAACACCAACACCUGCGGAACAGCCCACCAUUUUCUCAGAGUUUUGAACGACGCCAUCGACAGCGCACCUUGCAAAGUGAAGGCAUUGGUUUUAAGGAAUAUGAGCAGCUCAUUUGGUGAAUGUUACCCGCAAGAAUUUCUUGAAGUUGCCCUUAAGUUUUGCCAACAGAGACGCAUCCACUUCAUCUCCGACGAAGUCUAUGCCCUCACAUCUUUCUCUUGUGCAGAAAUAUCGGACCCUGUUCCAUUUGUCUCAGCUUUAGCUUUAAAUGCGCGGGCAUUGGGGUGUGAUCUAUCGAGGAUUCACACUAUAUGGAGUAUUAGUAAGGAUUUUGGAACAACCGGUGUUCAAGUGGGCUGUACGGUAUCACAAGGCAACAAAGAACUUAUCCGUGGGCUUAUCAAUACACCAAAGUCCCGAAUAACACCAGCAUCAUUGGCGUUUGCAACCUCUCUCCUCUCCAGCCCCAGGCUACCCAUCUUGAUUGCUCUCAACUCUGCCGGCCUAGCCGAAUGCUAUAUGCUCAUCACCUCUUUCUUUGUGCGACAUGGUAUCAAAUAUAUCCCCGUUAAUGCAGGCCUAAGCAUAUUCGCCCGUCUUGCACCCAACGCAAGGUCACGGGACGAGGAAAUGGAGAUCGUGCAGCACCUGAAGAACGCAGGUGUCAUGGUCAACAACGCUGGAGGAAGCUUUCAUAAGACCUUUAAGGAGAAAGGAUGGGUACGGAUGUCCUUCUCUGUUGAACCAAAUCAGUUGCAUGAAGCUCUGGACCGCAUCGAACUUGCUUUGGGAUUGGGACUGAGAUAG